AUGUCGAUACCUACUAUUCGUGGCACUUCUGCUGCUCUUCGCGGCACCUCGCGUCCAAUGGUCGCCCACGCCACUGUGCGCAGCUUUGCUCGCCGCACCAACUCCUCCAUUGCGCUCGAUGGCCAGCAGCAGCUCCUUUCCGCUCACCUCUCCAAGGCUGACCCUGCCGUUUUUGACAUCAUUGAGAAGGAGAAAAACCGUCAGAAGCAUUUUAUCAACUUGAUUCCCUCCGAGAACUUCACUUCGCAGGCAGUUCUCGAUGCUCUCGGCAGCGUUAUGCAGAACAAGUACUCCGAGGGCUACCCUGGUGCCCGCUACUAUGGGGGUAACGAAUUCAUUGAUCAGUCCGAACGGCUUUGCCAGCAGCGCGCCCUUGAGGCCUUCGGCCUGGAUGCUAGCAACUGGGGCGUGAAUGUUCAGCCUCUUUCCGGUGCCCCUGCCAACCUCUACGUCUAUUCGGCGCUAAUGGAUACUCAUGACCGUCUCAUGGGCCUCGACUUGCCCCAUGGAGGCCACUUGUCGCACGGUUACCAGACUCCCACGAAGAAGAUCUCGUCCGUCUCCAAGUACUUCGAGACUGUUCCUUACCGCCUGGACGAGAAGACCGGAUUCAUUGAUUACGAGAAGCUUGAGGAGCUCGCUCUUCUCUACCGGCCCAAGAUCAUCGUUGCGGGUGCCAGUGCUUACAGUCGCCUGAUUGACUACAAGCGUAUUCGCGAGAUCUGCGAUAAGAUCAACGCCUACAUGCUCGCAGACAUGGCUCAUAUCUCGGGCCUUGUUGCCGCUAAGGUGCUUCCUGGGCCCUUCCAGCAUGCUGAUAUUGUCACCACUACCAGCCACAAGAGUCUACGUGGUCCUCGCGGUGCACUCAUUUUUUUCCGCAAGGGCGUCAGACGCCAAAACCCAAAGACGAAGGUGGAUGAGAUGUACAACCUUGAAGGUCCCAUCAACAACUCCGUCUUUCCUGGCCACCAGGGCGGCCCCCAUAACCAUACUAUUACCGCUCUUUCCGUCGCUCUGAAGCAAGCUCAAACCCCCGAUUUCCACGCCUACCAGUCUCAAGUCCUCGCUAACUCUAAGGCAUUCGCCAAGCGUCUUGGUGAUGAUAAGAGCAAGGGGGGCCUUGGUUAUAGCCUUGUCAGCGGUGGUACAGACAACCACCUGGUUCUUGCUGACCUUAAGCCGAAUGGUGUGGACGGCGGACGCGUCGAACGUAUCCUCGAACUUGUUGGUAUCGCUGCCAACAAGAACACAGUGCCUGGCGACCGCUCUGCUCUUGUUCCUGGUGGUCUUCGCAUGGGUACACCCGCCAUGACCAGUCGUGGCUUCAAUGAGAAUGACUUUGUCCGCGUUGCCGACAUUGUUGAUCGUGCCGUUGCCAUUGCCGUUCGACUCGACAAGGUUGUCAGGGCCGCUGCCAAGGAGGGCGGUGAAAAGAGCCCCGGAAAGCUCAAACUCUUCCUCAACCACGUUGGCAACGGCGACAGCGAUACUGAGAUUGUACAGCUCCGCAGCGAAGUCUCUGACUGGGUCGGCACCUAUCCCCUUCCCUGGGACUCCGCCCAGUAA